AUGAAGAUGAUUUUCUUUGGAUUUCUUGUCUGUGUUCUUGUAUUCUCUGUGAAAAGUGAAACGCAAAAUGUUGAAUACGAUAAGAUUCGUGACCUAGUGCGUGAAGAAAUACAGAACUUUCACGACUCAAAGAUUUUAAAAUUGGAACAGAAGGUAAUGAAAAUGAAUGAGCAGCUAAAUAGACAAGAAGAACACAUUCAAAGUCAAACGACACUAAUCGAAGAGCAACAAAGCUACAUAAAGGUUCAGGAAAUACAAAUUCAAACCCACGAGAAACAGAUAAACGAGGCUGUUGAACAUAUUUCUAAGCUGGAAGGAAACGCAGUUAAUGAAGUAAAGCAGACACAAUCAGUUGGAGUCUCUACAAUCAAACCAUGGAUACAUACAGACGCACGUGACGUUGGAAACAUCAGUAGCCAUUCAUUAAAACACCAUGCACUACGUCAGCCGGUUAAGUCCAUGCCUGAAAAUACCGGAAACAGGAAAGAAAGACACUCUCUAAAAAAACGAUUAGGUUUGAAUGAUAACAUUGUAGCAUUUUAUGCCUAUCUGAGUCACGGGGAAUCCCAACCAGGAAAACACCAAAUACUCGUAUUCGAUGUCGUUAAGACAAACGUUGGACUUUCCUUCAAUAAAUACAGUGGGAUGUUUACUGCUCCAGUGAAUGGUGUUUACGCAUUUAUCUGGACAGUUUCCUCUGGUACAUAUAGUUAUAUCUAUUCUCAACUGGUUGUUAAUUCAGAUCCGUUCGGGGCCAUUGCAACAGACAGUGACGAGAUUAAUGAUUAUCACACGGUAACUGGAAGUGUAGUAGCAGAAUUAAACCAUGGAGAUGUUGUCUACAUACGUACUCACCCAACUUUUGGCAUAAAAGGAGUUAUCAGAAGUCAAGAUGAGAUGCGUACAAGUUUUAGCGGAUGGAAAUUAUAA